GAUGUCGGUCCAAAAAUGCAGCCUCAAUGUUAGUUUGAAGACUUUUCAAUUGUACACAGCAAGGUCAUGCCACGAGCUUGGACUCACCCUUUUCAUUCAAAUGAAUUUUGAUUAAAUGAACUUUGGAGGCCUGUUGUAACCAUGGCAAAACAAUCAUAAACACGAAUGUUAAUAAUGGUCCGAUUUUUCUUCUUCUGCUUCUUCAUUUCCACGUUAUUAAUACAAGGCACCCUCGCUAUAAUUACUCCAAAUGAGUCAAUCCAAGGCAAUAGGACCCUAGUUUCUUCUGCUGGAACUUUUGAAGCAGGAUUCUUCAACUUUGGAAAUUCACAAGGCCAAUACUUUGGUAUAUGGUACAAGAACAUAUCACCAAAGACUAUUGUGUGGGUUGCCAACAAAGAUGCCCCAGUUAAAGACUCAACAGCAUUUCUCACACUAACACAUCAAGGAGAUCCUGUUAUUCUUGAUGGCUCAAGGAGUACUACUGUGUGGUUCUCCAAUUCAUCAAGAAUUGCUGAGAAACCAAUUAUGCAGCUUCUAGACUCGGGAAAUCUUGUUGUGAAAGAUGGAAACAGCAAAAAAGAGAAUUUUUUGUGGGAAAGUUUUGAUUACCCUGGUAACACUUUUCUUGCAGGAAUGAAACUUAGGACAAACUUAGUUUCUGGUCCUUAUAGGUCUCUCACAUCUUGGAAAAACGCAGAAGAUCCCGGUUCUGGUGAGUUUUCAUAUCACAUAGAUGCUCAUGGAUUUCCUCAACUGGUUACUACAAAGGGAGAAAUUUUAUUUAGCAGAGCAGGGUCAUGGACUGGCUUUGUUUUCAGUGGAGUUUCUUGGCGAAGAAUGCUUAGCCUUGUAACUUUUUCGCUAGCGAUUAAUGACAAGGAAGUCACUUACCAAUAUGAAACCCUGAAGGCUGGAACUGUUACUAUGUUAGUGAUCAAUCCAUCAGGCUUUGUGCAACGUUUGUUAUGGUCCGAACGGACUGGGAAUUGGGAGAUUUUAUCAACUCGUCCCAUGGAUCAGUGUGAAUACUAUGCCUUUUGUGAUGUGAAUUCUUUGUGUAAUGUUACUAACUCUCCAAAAACAUGUACAUGCUUGGAAGGUUUUGUACCCAAGUUUUAUGAGAAAUGGAGUGCAUUAGAUUGGUCUGGUGGGUGUGUUAGAAGAAUAAACUUGAGUUGUGAAGGUGAUGUGUUUCAAAAGUACGCAGGAAUGAAAUUGCCAGAUACUUCUUCUUCUUGGUAUGACAAGAGUUUGAACCUUGAGAAAUGUGAGAAAUUGUGUUUGAAAAACUGCUCUUGUACAGCAUAUGCAAAUGUAGAUGUUGAUGGGAGAGGGUGUUUGCUUUGGUUUGAUAACAUUGUGGAUUUGACAAGACACACAGACCAAGGACAAGAUAUUUACAUACGGCUUGCAGCUUCAGAGUUAGAUCAUAGAGGGAAUGACCAGAGCUUUGAUAACAAGAAGCUUGUAGGGAUAGUAGUAGGCAUUGUUGCAUUCAUCAUGGUACUUGGAUCGGUCACAUUCACAUAUAUGAAGAGAAAGAAGCUCGCAAAGAGAGAGAUGCUAAAAAUAUUUCACUGGAAAUACAAAAGGGAGAAGGAAGAUGUGGAGUUAUCAACAAUAUUUGAUUUUUCAACCAUCUCUAAUGCUACAGAUCAAUUUUCACCCAGUAAAAAGUUAGGAGAAGGUGGCUUUGGACCAGUAUACAAGGGUUUAUUGAAAGAUGGACAAGAGAUUGCAGUCAAGAGGCUUGCAAAAACUUCUGAGCAAGGAGCAGAGCAGUUCAAAAAUGAAGUCAUGUUGAUGGCAAAACUUCAGCACCGCAAUCUUGUAAAACUUCUUGGAUGUUCUAUUCACCAAAAAGAAAGGCUCUUGAUCUAUGAAUACAUGUCCAACAGAAGCUUGGAUUACUUCAUUUUUGAUUCAACACAAAGUAAACAACUAGAUCUGACAAAGCGCCUUCAAAUCAUCGAUGGUAUUGCUCGAGGGCUACUCUAUCUUCAUCAAGACUCUAGAUUAAGAAUCAUCCACAGAGAUCUCAAAGUUAGCAACAUUCUUCUAGAUAAUGAUAUGAAUCCAAAGAUAUCAGAUUUUGGUUUGGCUAGAACAUUUGGAGGAGAUCAAGCUGAGGCUAAUACAAAUAGAGUGAUGGGAACAUAUGGUUAUAUGCCUCCUGAAUAUGCACUUCAUGGACAUUUUUCAAUCAAAUCUGAUGUAUUUAGCUUUGGUGUAAUUGUGCUGGAGAUAAUAAGUGGGAGAAAGAAUCGGAAUUUCCAAGACUCUGAGCAUCAUCUUAAUCUUCUUAGUCAUGCAUGGAGACUGUGGAUUGAAGAAAAGCCACUUGAGCUAAUAGAUGACCUAUUAGAUGAUCCAGUCUCUCCACAUGAAAUACUCAGAUGUAUUCAUGUGGGUCUGCUAUGUGUGCAACAAACACCUGAAAAUAGACCCAACAUGUCAUCUGUGGUUUUAAUGUUGAAUGGUGAAAAGUUGUUGCCUGAUCCAAGCCAACCUGGGUUCUACACAGGAACAAUUCAGUAUCCAAUUCAGCUAGAAUCUUCUUCGAGAAGUGUUGGAGCAUGUUCACAAAAUGAAGCUACAGUGUCCUUGUUAGAGGCACGAUAGAAGAAUACUAGUGUGUUGAUGAUACAAGGAAUAAGGAUUUUAGGAAGAACUUUAUUUACAAAUUAAUUGGAAUAUAAAGCACUUGUAAAUAUUUGGGAUAGAACUCAGAAAAUAACUUAUGAUACGAUUAAAGAGAUAAAUGAAAGCAUACAAAUAUGAUAUAAAUA